UUGUCAUUAUGAUUUCUGGUCAUUAUUUGUCGUUUUUAAAAUAAAAAUGGGAGCUUUGGAUCUGAUUAUCUUAUUAACCAUUCCUCUCUUUCGCUCCGUAGCUCUCUACAAUUGUCAAUUUCGAAUUUUGAUUCUCCACCGGUUGAUGCGAUUGGCUGCUCACUUGUUGGAAACUGAGGAAUUGACAUUACUCAAAAUUGAGCUAAGAUCGGCUCUGUUUGGAUUAUGUUAAAAGUGUAUACUGCUGUAAAGUUUGGUUUCGUUUUGGACCAAGAAUUGUGUAAUUCUCUUCUCUACAGUUCGAUUUUGGAAUGAACUAUUGAUCCUUAAUAAAGAAUUGAAAUUCAGCUUGAUUUUUGUAGUUUUUCUUAGUACUGAUUACGGUGGAUUUAGAGUGAACUUGGGUAUUUUCCACUAUCGUUUUAUCUGUUACUUGUGAUGACUGGGGAAAGAUCCGUGCGGGCAGGAGUGUAGAGGAGGUGGUUUCAAUGCUUAUUGGACUUGUCCCCGCACAUGAUUACUUAUAUAGAAGCUUAUAUGUGAUAAUAGGUUACGGUUUUUGUGGUCCUUGUAGAUUUAAUCUAAAGGAAUUGGUUAUUUAGUGGUUUUCCCAAACCUCAAUUCUUUAAAGCUUUGGACAUGAGAAGCCCUUUGCUCAAUAAACUUUCUCUUAUUUGCGGCCGUAGACUGCCAGUCAGUUGGUUGGUAUUGUGCUUCACUAGCGUGCUUGUGCUGAUUGCAGUCUUUGGAUCAUCGUUUCCUAAGUCAUUUGACUAUGUAACUGUCACUCCAGUCCCAGAGAUUUAUUCAAACUAUAGAAGGUUAAAGGAGCAAACCGCAGUUGACUAUUUUGAGCUGAGAACUGUCUCGUCUGGAGCUGGUCGCCAAGGGGAGCUUGGCUUAUGCGGCAAAGAAAGAGAAAAUUAUGUUCCUUGUUACAAUGUAACUGCAAAUGUAUUAUUAGGGUUUAAAGAUGGAGAGGAGUUUGAUCGGCAUUGUGAAGUAUCAAGCCAAGGAAAGUUUUGUUUAGUUCGCCCUCCGAAGGAUUAUAAGAUUCCACUCCGUUGGCCAGCUGGUAGGGAUGUAAUAUGGACUGGAAAUGUGAAGAUAACCAAAGACCAAUUCCUUUCUUCUGGAAGCAUAACAAAAAGAAUGAUGUUGCUCGAAGAGAAUCAAAUUGCUUUUCACUCUCAGGACGGCUUAAUCUUUGAUGGUGUCAAAGAUUAUUCUCGCCAGAUUGCAGAGAUGAUGGGACUGGGAAGUGACUCUGAAUUUUUUCAAGCUGGUGUACGCACUGUUCUUGAUAUUGGUUGUGGAUUUGGAAGUUUUGGAGCUCAUUUAGUUUCACUAAAGUUGACGGCUCUUUGUGUUGCUGCAUAUGAGGCAACCGGAAGCCAAGUUCAAAUAGCUCUUGAGAGAGGUCUUCCAGCAAUGAUUGGCAAUUUCAUAUCGAGACAACUACCAUAUCCAUCAUUGUCAUUUGACAUGGUUCAUUGUGCUCAGUGCGGUAUUGUUUGGGACAAGAAAGAGGGGAUGUUUCUUAUAGAAUUUGAUCGGUUACUCAAGCCUGGAGGUUAUUUUGUUAUAACCUCACCUAUAAGUAAGCCACCUGGGCGUGCAACAAGUUCGAAGAAAAGAAGCAUGUUAACCCCACUGGCACAAUUCACUGAAAAGAUUUGUUGGAGUCUUAUUGCGCAACAAGAUGAGACAUUCAUCUGGCAGAAAACUGCUGAUGCUCAUUGCUAUUCUUCUCUCAAGAAAAAUGAAGUACCCCUAUGCAAACAAGGAUAUGAUACUCCCUAUUAUCAAACCAUGAUGCCAUGUAUUAUUGGAGCUUCCAGCAAACGCUGGAUUCCUAUUCAGAACAAGUCUUCUAGCCCAGAUUUGAGCUCUGUGGAGCUUGAAGUUCAUGGUGUCAGUCCAGAAGAUUUCUUUGAAGACUUGCAAGUUUGGAAAUUAGCUUUAAAAAACUAUUGGUCUUUGCUUACACCAUUAAUUUUCUCUGACCAUCCCAAGAGGCCAGGCGAUGAAGACCCAUUGCCUCCAUUUAAUAUGGCACGCAAUGUGAUGGACAUGAAUGCUCAUUAUGGGGGUUUAAAUGCUGCAUUCCUGGAGGAAAUGAAAUCAGUGUGGGUGAUGAAUGUUGUACCCGUUAGGGCACGCAAUACACUUCCUCUCAUUCUUGACCGAGGCUUUCCUGGUGUUUUUCAUGACUGGUGUGAACCCUUCCCAACAUAUCCUCGAACAUACGACUUGCUUCAUGCGAAUGGGCUCCUCUCACAUCUUACUUCAGAGAGGUGUAGUUUGGUGGAGUUAUUUGUAGAGAUGGAUCGAAUUCUCCGCCCUGAGGGCUGGGUUGUUCUCUCUGAUAAACUAGGAGCUAUAGAACUAGCACGUGCACAUGCUACACAAGUAAGAUGGGAUGCAAGGGUGAUUGAUGUUCAGAAUGGUAAUGAUCAGCGGCUGCUUGUUUGUCAGAAACCGUUUGUGAAAAAAUGAUUGAUGUAGCACCAGAAGGUCUCAGGACCAGGGCUGUCAAAUUUGUUUUUGAACGGAGGAUGAUGUAUGGGCAGCAUUGGGGAUGCAAGAAACGCUGAAGAAUGAGCAUGGUGGGAGGGGAGGGCUGUUAGUGUAGAUCAGAAAUGGUUUGUUGAAGUAGGUCCAAGUUUUUUACAGUUUCCUUUUACCUUUUCUUUUCAUGCAAGGCAUUUGUAGCAAUUCAUCAUUCUUUCAUUCUUCUUUUUAACUUACCUUAACAGGUUUGAGUUUGUUUAUUUCUAUAUUAUUUGAUAUUUGAACUCAUUGUAUUUAACCAUCAUUGCUUUGCAAUGCCCUCGAAAUGUCAUAAUUACAAAUAUAUCAAA